CUUACCUAAUAGGUGUCUAGCCUACGUCUUACCUAAGUACCUAACUAACGCCCCGGUCCCCCCCGGUUUGACGACGUGACGUGCGGGGAGGAAAAGGGGGGAGGGGUGGGGUCAGUGGAUGUGAGGGAACUUGCCGAAUGGAUGGAGGCCAAGGCUACUUCUACCGCCCCAACAACUACUACGACCUCGCACGAUUAUGCGACAACUCCAACCCGCUCCAACCCCCGGGGAUUAAGACAUUGGACAUAUCCGAUCUUCCUCCUCUGCGUGCGCGCGCAUACACACAUACCCCAGCUAUACCUUCACGACAUCUAUGGCCGCCUCUUGUCUGCCCUGCUGGCAUACCGGAUCGAAUGGCGCCGAAAUCAGAGCCUGAUGCACGCGACGAGGAGCGGCUUGCCGCCUGUUUCAAUUGCAAGAAGUCCAAGCUGAAGUGCGUCCGCCCGAGCGGGUCCUCGACCUGUACUCGGUGCACCCAGCGGUCGAUUCAGUGCUCCGCGCCGCUCUUCCACGUGGGCCGACACAAGGGAGUCAAGAACAAGCACUCCGGCUUAGAGAAGGCCGUCUUCCAGAUAGAGCAAGCGUUGAGGAGGUCGCACGCUGGCUCUAUCGAUCAGAUUCAGACCGUAGAACAUGCCACGGAGCUGCGAUUCCUGCUAGAGAGGAGCAGGGAGCUCUUGAACGGCCAGCGUGGACUUCCGCGACGUGUCACCACGCAGAAUGGCGUCGACCCCGAGCAGUCAUCCCUCUCGCCGCAGCAGACCUCAACCUCGCUAGGCACUUCGCCUUCGCAAACUUGUUCACGUGACGACUCGGCCGUGCAGGCCAAGAUCGAAGAGGACCACCUCAGCCUGGACGACGCUGAGAACCCGCUCCAGCUGCUCGCCCGGACAUCCGAACUGCUGUCAUCUAUAACGCCUCACUCGCAACGGCCGGGCCGUGCCGGUCCUCCGUCAAAAUUCGCCCCGAACCGAGGUGUGAUCGCCGAAGGGGACGACCUCCAGAGGUUCUUUGGACGGUUUCAGCCGCGACUAGAUAUUGGCGAAGAUCUCGACCCCAUCGAGCUGGGACUCGUCUCCCUGCCGGAGGCCGAGGCGCUCUUCUCUUACUUCCACGAGAAACUCGCACAUACACGAUGGGGAAUCGACCCCGUCACACAUACAGUAGAAUUUGUCCGGAGUCGAUCCGCCUUCCUGCUAACCUCGAUAUGCGCCGCGUCAGCGUUAUUUUCCCCGUCCAUGGAGUCGUUGUACCGGCGGCUCUUCAACCACCGACAGAAACUCGCAAACCUCGUCACGGAGAAGCGGUAUAAGUCGGUGGAGAUCGUCUUGGCUUUCAUGGUUAACAUACCGUGGAUCUCCGCCGGUGAGCAUUGGGCGGACGACGAAACGUCGACUUAUCUAUCUAUGGCCUUGACGAUAGCCCUAGACUUGUCCUUAAAUAAAAUCACUAUAACACCAUCCACGGAACCACGCAGUCCUAGAGAGAUAAUCCCCGUCUCCGACUGCAUUUCUAGCCGGAAAGCGCUGGCUAUGGACGGCUUUGCCGAUGUCGAUCCUGAUUCUCUCCUGGGACGAAGGCUUCUGAGAAGAAGGGAGCGCACCUGGCUGUCCCUCUUCGUUCUCGAGAGAGGGGUGUGCCUCGCCAGGGGAAGAAACUACGUCUUGCCCAUGUCGCCGCUUAUUGACAACUGCGACCAGUGGCACCUGAGCGAGCUGGCAGACAGGUGGGAUGGUUCCAUCGUGUCAGUUGCAGUCUUAAGAAGAGAUAUGGCAAACCUCAUCUCCAAUGUGCGAGCGAUAUGUGAUAGUUACGCCAACGGCAACAGUGAGUCAUCUGUGGUUGACAGGGUCAAAAGCGAGAUCACCGACUUCUUUGAUAAAUGGUAUCAAACGUGGCACCUUCAAAUAGGAGACCGGGAGCAACACUCGUUGCCUCCGUAUGUGGAAAUUCUCGCAUCCCAUACCCGAUUGUCGCUGUAUAGCUCCGUGAUCAACCACGGUACCGCGCCCGUCGGGGCGCGGCAUUUCUUCCGUGCUGCCGGCCUCUCCUCGGCGCUGAAUGUCUUGCGAGUGGCUGUGCAAGGGGAAGGCCAGUUGAGAUCGAUGCCUAACAAUACCGCCAUCAUGAUAUCCUUCGCCGCUUGCUUCGCGCUGAGAGUCAGUACCGUCGCCGACGGCCGGGGAUCGAGUCUCGCCCCGAGUAUUCGCGCCCUGAUCGCGGAGACGACGGAUGUGCUCGAGCGGAUAGGGUCCACCCCGAUCCAGCGGAAGGGGCUCUCUUGCCUCUUUGCCGGCCAGCUAAGGCAGAUCUUGAAAUCUGCGUCGCGGUCUUCGGAGAUUGUGCAGGCGCCGCCGGAGCUCAAUGGGGAUAUGCCCAAAAGUGCCUCAAUUUUCACGGACCUCAACGCCGCGCACAUGGCCGGCCACCAAGGGACGCUGCAGAUACCCGUACCGACCACUACCUUACCUCCGGACUACCUGUUGUUCUCCACCAUGUCCAACGAGAACCAACUGGACGAGGCUAUCAACAAUCCCGAUUUUGGCCUCAACGCAUUCUGGGAAGAUUUCCAGUUCCAGAGCGCCGACCUGGACUGGAUGGACUGGUCAACUUUUGGACCGUGAGUUAUACAUAUAUAUCGUAUGCUACAAAUCUUUAUAGAGUCCGCAGCGACGGAGGCGUGGUAGUUUGGCGUUUACGGUCACUGAGGGAGGGGCUAAAUGUAUAAGACAACAAUGUCGAUCACAGGCUUGGGGGGGAAUUGUUUUACUUUUUGUUGUUGUUUUUUUGUUUUCUUCCCUGGGAGGGUGACAAUAUGUACAGCUCAAUGUGCCGCCUACCACGGCUCUUGAAUUUCCGGUAUUUUAUUCCCCUGUACGAGGUGCUUUCUAGGCGGGGAAGUCGAGGCGUGCAGGUUGCGUCUCAUCGCUAGGGCCGCUGCAGCCGAUAAAAGCUGCGCAGAUACGGAGGCGUACAGGCAGGCAGACAGACAUACCUCAAGAUAGAGAUGCAAAUUAUCGA